UGGCUUCCUCUUGCCUCUGCGACUUUUUUAGUUUCUCACUGCAAGGGGAAAUUAAUAAUUGUAAAACAAAUUACAAAUCUCAUUGAGUGGGAAAUCGGCGAUUCUCGAAGCUGUUGCUUUGGAUCUUUGUUUCCACCGAUAUUUCCGUUCCGAUCGGCGAUUUUCCCAUUCCAUAAACCCUAAUUUUCCCCAUCUUCUGCUUCCAGAAGCAAUCAUGGCUUCAAAGCGUAUUUUGAAGGAACUGAAGGAUUUGCAGAAAGAUCCACCUACUUCUUGCAGUGCAGGUCCUGUAGCUGAGGACAUGUUCCAUUGGCAAGCAACAAUCAUGGGACCCACUGAUAGUCCAUAUGCAGGAGGUGUAUUUCUAGUUACAAUCCAUUUUCCUCCUGAUUAUCCUUUCAAGCCUCCAAAGGUUGCAUUUAGGACCAAGGUCUUUCACCCAAACAUCAAUAGCAAUGGAAGCAUUUGUCUUGAUAUUCUCAAAGAACAAUGGAGCCCUGCUCUUACCAUUUCUAAGGUACUGCUCUCAAUUUGCUCAUUGUUGACCGAUCCAAAUCCCGAUGACCCUCUUGUACCAGAGAUAGCACACAUGUACAAGACCGACAGAGCUAAGUAUGAAGCAACUGCACGCAGCUGGACGCAGAAGUAUGCUAUGGGAUGACAGUUGUUUGGGAUACUGUAUAAUUGGGGGUGGUGUUGAAACUGUUGUGAAAUGUAUGUACUGGGUUUAAGAUUUUGGGUGGGGAUUACCAGAUUGGCUAGAAAAUAACUGUAUGAUGAGGAUGUUUUAUUUAAAUCUAGACAAUGCUCUGUUUGAAGCUCUUAUCUGUAUCAAACAUAUGUGCAACACUCUUGUCUUCA